AGUUAUCUGUCAUCAGCUGCCCAAUUUUCGAGGUUGGGUGGAGUAGUGUUUAUAUUAUUUUCCUUGAAAAUAUGUUAUUCCGAAUUAAAUAUUAAUCAUCUAAAUUCGUUUAUAAAAGCAAAAUUCGCGUCUCUUCUUAGUGAACGUUUGUUGUAGUAAAAUGGACGGCUGUUUAUUCAACAUCGACGGCGGUUACCUCGAAGGUUUAUGUCGAGGUUUCAAGUGCGGAAUCUUGAAGAAAACCGAUUACCUGAAUUUGGUGCAAUGCGAAACCUUGGACGACUUGAAACUCCAUCUACAAGGUACAGAUUACGGUAAUUUCUUAGCCAAUGAGCCCAGCCCUUUGGCUGUAUCGGUAAUCGACGAUAAACUACGCGAGAAACUGGUAAUCGAGUUCCAACACAUGAGAAAUCACGCAGUCGAACCCUUAUCAACGUUCUUGGAUUACAUCACGUACAGCUACAUGAUCGAUAACAUAAUCCUGCUGAUCACUGGUACCCUGCAUCAACGUCCGAUAUCCGAACUGAUACCGAAAUGCCAUCCUCUUGGAAGCUUCGAGCAAAUGGAAGCUAUCCAUGUGGCAGCCACGCCAGCCGAACUUUACAACGCCGUUCUGGUAGACACUCCGUUGGCUCCGUUCUUCGUAGACUGCAUCAGCGAACAGGAUUUAGACGAAAUGAAUAUCGAAAUCAUUCGUAACACGUUGUACAAAGCGUACCUGGAGGCGUUUUACGACUUUUGUAAAAAACUGGGCGGUACGACGGCCGAAUCGAUGUGCGAAAUAUUAUCAUUCGAGGCUGACCGUAGAGCCAUCAUAAUCACCAUUAAUUCAUUCGGUACCGAGUUGACCAAAGACGAUCGAGCCAAGCUGUAUCCGAGGUGUGGUAAAUUAUACCCCGAUGGAUUGGCUGCGUUGGCCAGAGCCGACGAUUACGAGCAGGUUAAAGCUGUCGCCGAAUAUUAUACCGAAUAUAGCGCUUUGUUCGAAGGAGCCGGAAAUAAUCCUACGGAUAAAACGCUGGAAGAUCGAUUCUUCGAACACGAAGUACAUUUGAACGUUUUCGCCUUCUUACAACAGUUCCAUUUCGGAGUGUUCUACUCGUAUUUGAAACUGAAAGAGCAAGAGUGUCGUAAUAUCGUCUGGAUAUCCGAAUGCGUUGCUCAGAAACAUCGCGCCAAGAUCGAUAACUACAUUCCAAUAUUAUAAAUAUCGGUAGUUCGUUUUUUUCAUCAGCACAUCCAUGCUUAGUUACUUUGUAUUAUACGAUUAUUAUGUUACCUUAUCGAGGCGUUAAAACUACAUUAUAGCUGUCAUUUCCUCCUCAUUAUAUGUUUUUUUUUGUUUGAUUUUCCAGUUAUUUUAAUAUUCGUUUUAAAUGCUUUUUUCCCCCUUCCUUCUUCGAGUCCAGGUGACCUUUUACGUUGUAAAUGUGUAUCAUUUUUGUAAGCUUUAUUCGUCGAAUUUAAUUCCCCGUUAUCGAGCAUCCUCUGUCAAAGGUCAUCUGUACGAAUUUUAUAUAUACAUAAACCUGUACCGUCGAAACCAUAAUAUUAUUAUUAAGGUGCGUAUGCGCUAUAGGAGUACGUUAUGAAUGUAAUCUGUAUUUAUGUACUGAAUAUAUGUACGAAUAUUUUA